GCCCCAGGGUACUCCUUCCUGCUCUUGAGAAACCCCAACCGGGAAAGACUGGGUAGACCCUGCUCACAGGGAUGUGCACCUACCAGAGGCUCUCCCUGCCCUCCUGGCUGGCAGGACUGGACCCAGCCUCCCGUUGGCACUGUUCCUGGCCCUGCCUUAGUUGCCUGGCGACAAAUGUGCGUCUCUGAGAACACACUAUGGCAGGUGGCAGUCCAGCAGCCAAGAGGAUAGUGGUGUAUCGGAAUGGAGACCCCUUCUCCCCCGGCCAUCAGCUGGUGGUGACCCGACGUCGCUUCCCCACCAUGGAGGCCUUCCUCUGUGAAGUGACAUCAGCCGUGCAGGCGCCACUGGCAGUGCGUGCCCUCUAUACGUCUCGUGACGGCAAACCCAUCACCGACCUGGCAGAUCUGCAGAACGGAGGGCAGUAUGUGGCUGCUGGCUUUGAGCGCUUCCAAAGGCUCCACUAUUUACCCCCUUCAAGGAAGGACCGUGGGAGGAAAAGUCACAGUUUACAGGGUCCUCCUGUGCCUCACCGACCUUAUGAAGGGGUCCUUGGACAGAGACCACCCGCAGGUGCCCCUUGCUACAUUCACGUGUUCAGGAAUGGCGACCUGCUAAGUCCCCCAUUUACUCUGAAGCUGUCUCAGGCUGCCCGUGAGGACUGGGACACCGUGUUGAGAUUCCUGACUGAGAAGGCCAAGUUGCAGAGUGGAGCCGUGUACAAACUCUGCACCCUGGAGGGACACCUAAUCUCUACAGGGGAGGCCCUGGGGAAUGGCCAGUACUACGUUGCUGUUGGAAAAGAAGACUUCAAGGCCCUGCCCUACGUGGAGCUGCUGGUGCCCAGCCCCUCCCAGCCUGGGGGCUGCUGGCAUCCACUAGGCCGGAAGUGCAGGCCCCACAGGCAGGGGGCCCACGGCCUUGGGGUACAGGCAACCCCACCCUCUCCAAAGGAACCAGGCCGGAUGGAGCCAUCCGCGUUCUAUGCCAGACUGCAGACAGCCGUUCAGCCCUGGAGCAAGUUCUCUGCUCUGGCAUUUCCAUCAGGAGCUCGGGGAGUGUAUGCAGCUUCCCAGCCCAGCAGGGAGGCCGCAGAGGCCCAGGAGGUAGCAGAGGAUGAAGAGACCCAGACGGAGGAGCCCCCAGAUCGGUGGCCAGCACAGAUGGUGGCUGAGGUCCUGUCGCUGAAAGAACAGCCUGUGUCUGGGACUGAGGAGGCCAUCUCGGGCUCGUCCCCUGCCCUGCUGUCCUGAGACUUGACGACUGCAGAACUGGGGACCACCCACCUUGCACUGUGUAGUGACCUCCUGUAGCCUGUUCCUGUGGAGCCAGAGCCCCCAUGCUCCCUUCCUCAUUGCUCCUCAGCCCACAGCCCUACCUCCCCUCUCCGAGCUGGACAGCCCCAUCCUUCCAGG